AUGGUCGAAUCAACUGUAUCUUCAGCACGACAGCGUUUAGAACCAUAUUUACUCCUCGCCAAGUCAACAAAAGGCGCUGCAGCAGUGCAACUUAUCAAAGAAGUACUGGCUAAGCCCGGAGUGUAUGUGUUUGCAGAGCUCCUAAAGGCAGAUAAUAUUAAAGAGCUCGAUAACGAUGAAAACUAUAAGCAAUAUUACACUCUUCUUCGGUUAUUCUCAUAUGGAACGUAUAAAGAUUAUAAAGAAAACAGAGAUUCACUUCCCCAAUUGGAUAAUGCUCAAUUAAAUAAGCUUAAACAUCUCUCCAUUGUAUCUUUAUCUGAAACUACUCGGACUAUUCCAUAUUCUCGGUUGUUAGAAUACUUGGAUAUCCCGAACGUGCGUGAACUCGAAGAUUUAAUUAUUGAAGCUAUUUACCAAGGAGUAGUCAAAGGCAAAUUAGAUCAGAAGAAGAAGCAACUCGGGGUCGAGUAUACAAUGGGAAGAGACCUCAGACCUGGUCAAAUUGACCAGAUGUUGAAAGUACUCGCUGACUGGUCCACAACAUCCGAAGAAAUGCUAAAAGCUAUUGAUGACAAAAUUGUAGAAAUCCGGGAUGCACAAACAGCCAAUAAACUUGAGAGAGAGGAAUAUGAAAGAGAAGUCGAACGCUCUCGUAAGGAAGUGACUAAAUCAUCCAAGAACAGUGAUCGUGGACCAUCCGAUAUGGACAUAAUGACCGGUGUCGCUAUGCAGCUGGAACAGUCGAGUUCUAUUGACAUUGACGAAAACCCACGACGUGGCAAGAG